AUGAUUGACCAAAGCGUUGGAAAUAAUCCCGCGCUUUUCGAGAAUGAUGUCGGAACUACUCUAGGGAAGACGCUUACUAGUAUGCCAGAAGCGCCGAAUGAAAGCGAGAGAUACAUUGUCGCUCAACAAAAGAGUGGCUCGGAUGCACCUGAAGCGAGUGGUCGUCCAUUGAUUAGCAUGCGGAAGGAGCACUCUCAUAUGACAGGAGACGAUCGCUUAGCGUCAUACCUCGAAACUGAAAUAAGGAAAUGCGGCUCGAAUGGCCUGCCCUCCCCGACGGAAGCUUCUUAUACGGAAGGUAUCGGAUCCGAAUUGAUGGGGUGCGCCGAUCGGAUCGCGCCAGGUUUUGAGUCAGAAUCUCCGGGGUAUCCCACAUUGUUCACCCACUUCGAGCCAGGAAUACUUGCUUUGAUACCCUCCACGGAUCAACCCGGUCAGAACCGGAUAGGCUUAUCCGAAAACAGGUAA